CAACGUGGUUGUCAUGUUGAAGAAAAACGAGAAAAAUAAACCAGAAAAAAGUGUUUUAAAUUGUUUAAUUAUUUGUUAAGUUACAAGAAAUUCUAAUAAUAUUAUUGUUUUAACAUUUUAAAAUCGAUUAUUGGUUUUGCGUUUAAAACGUAUGCCUCUUUACUGUUUUUACUACAUGGCUAAUUAAUAAUACGUACAUCAAAAGACAAAAAAAAAUUAAAUAUUUAUAUGUGAAUUGGAAUUUAGUUUUGAAUAGUAAUUAAAUGAACAAGCUGUUUACGAACUUCUAAAAAGGACAUUGAAAUCGUGUCGUGCUUGUGUUUAAAUUAAUCACAAUAUGUCCAAUAACGCCCAACAAUCCAGUUCAUCAGUGUCCCCUUUGUUUAACGACAAAAAUACGCAUAUCACAAGGUUUCACCCGUACCACGGUGAAAAUAUAGACCUCUCAGAUGACGAUACGGUGGCCUAUCGCAAGAAAUCUUUCGCCAAUGCGGUCACAUUCAGCGAAAAACCUUUGCGACCUGGUGAAAUAUUUUUAGUUGAAAUUGAACAGAACGAAACAGGCUGGAGCGGUCAUAUGCGAUUGGGAUUGACUCAGUUGGAUCCCCUAAGGUUACAUAAGACAGGAUCCAUACCACAGUAUGCUUUACCAGAUCUUGCCGAUAUUGGAACUUCUUGGAUAUAUGGAAUUAGCAAAGCUCAUAACAACGUUUGUGAAUAUGAGACUGAAAAUGGGAAAAGAUUUGUUAGACAGGGUGGGAGAAAACUGACUAAAGACAGUAACAUUAAUAAAUUAUGUAGAGGAACUAUUCCUGUUAAUUUAUUAAAGCCUCCGAGAGAUAUGCAAGAUAUUUUACCAACAGAUAUGGGGUCAAGGAUAGGAGUGAUGUAUGUCCCUACCGAUGAAGAAGGGGCUGAAAUGCAUUAUAUUAUUAAUGGAGAAGAUAUGGGAGCCUGUGUUAAGAAAAUUCCUUACAAAGAAGCGCCACUACAUGUAGUGGUGGAUGUCUAUGGAACUACGAAGAAAGUACGGAUCAUACAAUUGUAUCAAGUGCCCACUCUUCAGGCGGCGUGCAGGGACGCCAUCUUACUUCAUAUCAAAAAAAAUUCGGUCGCGGCGUUACCUCUUCCGAAAUUACUCAAGGAAUAUCUACUAUAUCAGACUUAAUAUUAGCGAAAACUAUUCGAAGUGGUUUUGAUCUUUUUUUAAUCUAUUUCUGAAUAAAUAUCGAGCAUUUCUACAGACAAAUAACACAAGGCCCAAUAGCUCUCUGUCAACUGGUAUCAGUUUGGUUCCUGGUAUUAUUGGUUCUUGUAUUCUUUAGUCAUUGGUUGUUUGUAAUAACUUGUGGCAUAGCUUUAUCCAAUAAGUUUAUAUUUACCUUUUCUCUGUCCAAGCAGUCCUUGAUGUUAUUUGUCUGCAGACAUUUUUUGCACAAACCUACUCUAAUGUCAUAUCUGUGGUCAAAAAGUUGUUAAGUUGGAAAAAAAA